UGAGUGCUGGGUUGCUCUGCGGCAGCUGCGGCUCGGGGACAGUCAGCUAGAGAGGAGGGAGAGCUUGGCCAGCGCGGCGCAGGGCAGCGCAGCUCCUCCGAGUGUGCCCCGGGCUCCCGGGCUAGCUCCCCGCCUAGCACCUGCUGCCCCUCUGACAGCGGGGCUUCCCCCCGGGCCCUCGGGCAACAGCUGGAGAUGAUCCUCCACUCCGGGAUUCAGUGCUGGCUUCUUUGCUCAUUGUGUGAUCAAGCAGGCCGCUGAGCUUCCUGUGGGGAUGCCCAGACAUCAUCUGACAUCAGACUGUUUGGAAAUGGACUCUGACAUGUCACCCAGCUACAGGCACAGUGACUUAAGCAGAGAUGGGAGUCUGGACAGCAGAAGGAGCAGUUCUCGGUCCAGAAGUUUUACCUUGGACGAUGAAAGCCUGAAGCACCUUACCCAUGAAGAGAAGGAUGUCAUCCUGUUUUUUGAAGAGACAAUUGAUUCCCUAGAAGAUGACUUGGAGGAAGAAGCCCUUUAUGAUAGUGGUAUCCACUGUCAUUCUCCAAGGUCACUGGAAGAGAGUACUUCCAGUCACUCUGAGCCAGAAGAUAUCAUUGACUUGGUGAAGCCGAUACCUGAGGAUCAAGAAGGGAAAUGCCUUCGGCACAUGGCCCAAGCAGCAGAGUCAGCAAGUGUUGAGAAAGAAAAGGAACCUGUCCUGGAAGACAAAAAGGAAAUAGUUGAGAGUAUUUUAUUGCCAGUCCCCAUUCCUGAAAAGACCCUUCCUCCAGCCCCUCCCCUUCCAGUCUCAGCCCCAUUGUCUCCCAAGAAAGAGCCUCUCUCGUCUUCUCCCGCAGCAGAGCAUCCAAAACUCCUUCACUCUGUACCCACUCCGCUUGUGAUUGCUCAGAGAAUCUCUGAGAGAUGGGCAGGAAAUGAGAGCUCAUCCCCUACACCCACAUCAGUGGAAGGGAGGUUCAAUGGAUGGAAGACUAGGACCUUUGCCCCACCAUCUGCUCAGAAUGGAGAGCACUCCCCAUGGCACCGGCAUGCCCUGGCUUCCCAGACUGUCCCUAAGGUUCAUCGCUUCCCAAGUAACAUCAGUGUAACUAACAGCGCAGGGAAGGAUUUCAACAAGACCAUCUCCAAAGCGGCAGUCAACGUCCAAGAACGCAAGGCCCAGGUUCUAGCCAACAUCAAUGGCGUAGCCUUCCUUGCCCCAGGGGAAGUGGAAGACCGGUUACAGAAGAAUGAGCCAGCUGACCAAAAGAGGGACGUCCUCCCAGAGCACACUGCAUGUGACGCCCUGAGCAAGCUGAGCUUUGUCAGGGAAGCUCCAGGCCCAGGAAAAGGAAGACAAGUGAGCAUUGAUCAGUGUUCCAAGGCUGUGCAAACGGAACAAUCCACAACUCUACCCAAUGGCUACCAGAGCAUCCACGAUGCUCUGAAGAGUGAGCCCAGCCCUUUUGUCUCUACUGGAAAGACAAUAACAUUCCACCCAGAUUCGACUCUGACCAACAAGAUCACGCGGCAGAAUGCUGCCAAGAGUUUCUAUGAACAUCGGCAGCCAGAUAGUAGCCAGGAUGUCAGGAGACGGUCAGGCUCCCUCCCAAGAGCGGUAGGAUUCCGACCCCAAGGCAUCACGGUGCAGUUUGCAGGCCGGGGGUCCACAGAAGAAGCUCGGCGAGAGGCUCUGAGGAAGCUAGGGCUUCUCAAAGAAACUUUGUGAUGGAUGAAACAGUGAGGGAUGCUUAAACAGGAGGCGGCUCUGAUGGGCUAGCCCAGUAUAGAACCACACUGGUUCUAAUGCUCACAAUAUUCCCCAUCUCCUUAAAGAGCCAAGGUGAGGGGAAAGAAAUGUCAGGAGUAACACAGAGAUCAUUCACCUCACCGAAGAUGCUGGGGAGAUACUUGGUCUGUAACAAAUAUAAAUACUUUAAAGCCAAUACACCAUUCCCAAUUUCUGUGCCAUUUGUGGGGAUGGAGGAAACUGGUGAUUAAGCUAUCCCAUAGUUCCCUAUUUGAACAUUGGUAUCUACCUGUACAAGAUAUGCAUCCUACCACACUUUUAAGCCUUCCUUUUUCCACACACAGGCAAAAUCCAAGAAAUGGAGAGGGGGAAGGAGGUAGAGAACAAAGGAUAGACCUUUCAAACCCAUCUGCUUCAUGGAUUGUAAAUGCCAUAACCUUUUUUUUUUUGAGUUGUUUUUAUUUGGCGUUCUUGAGCCACUCACUUCCUGGCCUCUUAUAAUCAUCUUCUGUCCUGAAGUACCUGGCUUGAAAUACCAGUUCUGACUAUACCAUCUGUGUUUUUUCUUCCAUUUUUUUUUUUUUUUAAGUAAGGCCUUCUGUUCAUAUUUUUGAUCUUUAUUGUGCCUGGUAUAUCUGUUUUGGAAGGAGAGGCUUGUUUUUAGCACAAAACAUGUAUUUAUUCCCCAACUCCUGCAAAUGAAUGUGCAAUGUGGCUUACAUAAGAAUUUUUAAAAAAGAUUUAAGUGAAGGCUUUAUAGUUGUAUUACUGUAAUUUCAGUUUGAAGAGCAGAGAGGGAAUGGUGAGGACUUUGAUAGGGAUGGUAGAUUUUAAGAAAACAAGUCUGGUCAGACCAGGAACACCUACACUCACACAUCUAUAUGUUGCUUCCUAACUCUGAUGGAAUCUCCAUUCAGGAUCUACAGGAUAUAGCCUUUUCUUCCUAUAAUCUUGAUGUACUUUUAGCCAUCUUCUGUUGGAGUUAAAUGACAGAAGAAACUCAAAGGCUACUUGAAUGUAUAACCAGUUUCUAAUUUUGAUAUGUCCCAUUCCUAUGAUACUUCUGCAGGACAAAAAUGAAUCUUUCCUUCAAGCCAUUUUUUUUUUUACUUCUCCUCAAUUAAAAUGUCCCCUUCCACAAACUCAUCUCCCCCACCAAAGAAUCAAAAGAAUCUAGGUGAUUUUUUUUUUUUUUUUUAACAAAAGGGGACAUAAAGACCAUUGGCUGAUUAUAUUCCCAGAACAGUCUCCAAAUAUUGUAAGCAGUUAUGUAACAAGAAGGGUGAGGAAAAGGAACUGACUCUUUCUCCCUGUCAUAUGUCAUGUAUGCCAAGUUGUAGCCAAGAACAAGUUUAUUAAUACUAUUCAAGGAUGGAAUUUUAAACCUUUAAAAAUAGAUUGGGAGAGACCAGACUAGAAGACCCAGGCACAGCCUUUUAUUAUUCUCUCUUAGCCAUCAUCGUAGCACAGUUAUUUCUUUUCCUGUAAAUGUUGCUUAAAUUCAAACUUUGAAAUGUGCUGUGAAGGAAAUUUUCCAUAGUAUUCAACUUGCCUCAUAAAUUAUAUAAAAAGAUUGUACUGAAAACCACGAGUAUUUAAUACCUCACCCUACUCCACCCCCAUGAAUUAAUCUCAUUUGUUAUAGAAUCUGGCUACUAUUUAAAAUAAGCAUUUAACUUCACAGCCUUUUUAAUAGUUUAUUUUAAAGUUAACUUUGUUGGUUGGCAAUGAAUGUCUAAGUGAUUCAUCAGGGCCAUAUUUCUCUUAAUAGAAUAGAUACACUCUGUUUAAUCAUUCAAAAGGAAGAAGUUGAAAACCAUUCCAUUAGUUGAAUCCAAGGUCCUAACAUUGCUGAAACUUUUAAAUGAUCUAUAUUUGUAACAUAACUUCUGAAUGAGGUUGCUUUGCCUCUGGUUGUUUUAAAUCUUUGUCAUUCAGUAAUUUCAUUGAGUUUGAGAUGAGUUUUACUGUUUUAUUAUAUCAGUCUCUAUGAUGUUUCUUUGCAAAAUAAACUUGGAGAUUUUCUUAAGUCCAA